UUAGCUACCGCCGAGUUGUUGUUAGGAGGAGACGGUCCUCUGCUCGGUCAGCGGCUCCUCGUGAGUUCCGCUGCUCUGCCCACUCUCAUGUUAUCUCAUGUUAUCCACCCGCGGAUUUCUUCACUUGGACUAAGGGAAUAAAUUAUUAAGGACGCGGUCUCAACAUGGACUUGGACUCGGGGGCUGCAGGCGACAGCAGCACACGACGGAAGAUGGACGCGACUAGCGAGGCAGUGGAGAUCACACCGCUGGAAAUGUAUGAUUCAGCGAGGGCCAAGAUAGCAGCGAACCUGCGCUGGCUGUUUGCUAAAGCCUACGGAAUAGAUCACAUACCAGAAGACAUGCGGGACCCCUUCUAUACUGACCAGUAUGAACAGGAGCACAUCAAGCCUCCUGUGAUCAGGCUGCUGUUGUCGUCUGAGCUCUAUUGUCGCGUGUGUGGACUCAUUCUCAAAGGAGACCAAGCGGCCUCCCUUCAGUCCCACCAGUCAGUCAUUCAGGCUCUGUCUCGCAAAGGAAUCUACGUCAUGGAGGGAGACGACACACCAGUCACCGAGGGGGAUCUCACGUGUCAGCCAAUCAAAAUGAGCUCGCACAUGCCUAUGAUUGAUGCCCUAAUGAUGGCCUACACAGUGGAGAUGAUCAGCAUUGAGAAAGUGGUGACCUGUGUGAAGCGCUUCUCUACAUUCAGUGCCUCUAAAGAGCUUCCCUUUGACUUGGAGGAUGCCAUGAUCUUCUGGAUUAACAAGGUAAACUUGAAAAUGAGGGAGAUCUCUGAGAAGGAAUUCAAAGUUAAGCAACAUCUGCUGGAUUCUCCUAGUCAUCAGAAGUCUCCCUCAAAAUGGUAUUGGAAGCUAGUACCUCUGAAUCAAGCCGAUGAAUACACCAAACUGUCUUUUUGCUGCGCAGUUGUGGUGCGCUAUAGAAGAGAACACGCCUCAGGCCGUCAACUUCCUCACUUUCCCCUGCUGGAGGAUCUGAUGAGGGAUGUGUGUGAUGGUGCUGCCCUACUGACUGUAGUCCACUACUACUGCCCAGAUCUCAUGAAGCUUGAUGAUAUUUGCCUGAAGGAAGUAACCUCUAUAGCAGACAGCCUGUAUAAUAUCCAGCUGCUGAAGGAGUUUGCCAAUGAGUACCUAAAUAAAAGCUUUUAUUUAACACUAGAAGACAUGCUGUAUUCACCUCUGGUGCUCAAACACAAUGUGAUGGUAUUCAUUGCUGAACUUUUUUGGUGGUUUGAGAUUGUGAAGCCUGACUUUGUCCACCCAAGGGAUGUGCAGGAAUUGAAGGAUGCAAGAGCAGUAACUCAGUCGAAGAGCUCCCGACCCUCCGUGCCCAUCUCCAAUGCUACCAAACGAAGCUUCCUGGUCUCACCUGGAAUGGCCGAUGCGGCGCAUCCUGUUCCAAACAGCCCUGAAGUGUGUAACAGGUACUUCCUGCACACUGAGGAAUCUGAUCCUUCUAAUAAGGGGAAUUCCACCUUCAGCCCCUCGCAUCCUCUUUUACCUCUGAGACAGAGGCAGCAAAAAUCUCAACAAGGAGAGGAUGCAUCAGGCUGUAGAAAUCGUUCUAAUUCACUGACGCAGGAAAGUCAUUCCCGAGGAUCUCUGGCCUGGCCAGAAAAAAGACAGAGGCCACUAUCCCAGCUGAAUCGCUAUGUUCUCCACUGUGCCACUGAUAGUGAUGCAGAUUUGGCCUCAGGUGACAGUGCUAGCCUCACAUGCUCCAUCAGCGAGGACAGCCUGGCCUCUACUGUCACACCCAAACACCAGGGUCUUCCAAGCCAAGGUGGUCCUCGACGAAUCAAUGGUCAUGGGCUUCUUGGAAAUGUUAACAUGGAUGAAGAAGACGAUAUGAUGACUGUUAUUCGGGAGGAGUCCUCUAAAAACGAGGUUACUCUGUCAAACUCUGGGGAUGUAGAACCCAGGUGUGCUACCACUAGUGCUAAAUCAAGCUCAUGGGGCAGACAGGAGGAAUCUCCUGCAGAUUCCAGAACCGCAAGUUUCUACCUGGAACCACUGAUGCCUGCUGUCCUUAAACCAGCGAAAGAAAAGUCUAUUUGCUUAAACAAAGAGGAAGAGUCUGGAGAGGCACGACAGCGUGCAUCAGCACGGAGGGGUGGUGCUGGGGAAGGACCCAGCUCAUCAGCCAGACGAAGACCUACACACAAUCUUAAUCGGACCUUCAAUGCCAGCUCCAUCUCUGAUCUGGAUUUAGCCUCUGAGCCCAAAACCAAUGAAUCUGUGCCUCCAUCUGCUGGACAAACUCAUGCCUUCAGACCCACAGCCACAAGCAGUGUCGAUUCUUCUGCUGAACAGUCCCCUGGGUUCUACCUGCAUUCAUCAGUGGCUGAAGAUAAGAGGCCUGUUCAAGCGUGGGGUGAACUGCCUGACGACAACGCAGAGACUGUGGAGACAAUUGAAGAUCAGGAUGCAGAACUAACCAAGGAACUUCAUCCUUCUAAGAAACAGUUUUAUGCAGAUGAACAGGAAUCUGCAAAGCUUCAAGAGGACAUGAGUGUGAAGGAGCAUGAGGAUAAGGAUGAAGGAAGUAGGUGCUCCAGCCCUGCUCUCAGUGUUCAGUCACAGGUCAGUAGUGUGGCCAGUGGCAGUGUGAAAAUGACUAGCUUUGCAGAGCGAAAGAUGCAGAAGUUCGGCAGCAAUCAAGACAUUCGCUCCAGCACCAGCAGCUCGCAAAGGACUACACCAGAUGGUUCAGAGAUCUUCCCUUUUCCCCUCACCUCAUGGAGGAUGAAAAGAGACCAGAGUCCUACACCGCAAGGCAAGGACAACAGCAAUAUGCUGGCUUCAGAACUUGUACAGUUGCACAUGCAGCUCGAAGAAAAACGCCGUGCCAUUGAGACGCAGAAGAAGAAGAUGGAGGUCUUGUGUGCUAGGCAACGGCUCAAGCUUGGAAAAGCUGCCUUCCUGCAUGUGGUAAAAAAAGGCAAGAGCGACACACUCCCUCAGUCCUUCAAGUUAGACCAUGUGAAAAAUGGCGAAAAGCUUAAUGGCGAAAAAGAGCAGUCAUCAAAAGACGACUCCUGUCUUGAUGCAGUGAGGGAUAGGGAGAAAGGCACUGUGGAGCCAGAGAAGGCAUCCCUGGAGUGGGGGAGUGCAGCUGCCACACCACCUAGUGCCUUAGACAUAGAUGAGGAAAUGGACCUUAAUGAGUGUAACCGUUCCAUAGAAAUGCUUAACGAGGCCAUCAGCAGCAUUCAGCAGCAGAUGAUGCAGUUGUCUCUCCAGCAGGACCUACUUAUGAAGCAAAACAUCCAGUCUCCACCAGGUGCUGCCCCACCCCCUGUUGAUGACCGAGGAAAUUUACAUGAACCCAAGGUUCGAGCAGCUAUUCAUUUUGUAGAGCCAAGCGGCAGUCCUGUAGUUCGUAAGCCCCCCAAGCUGACCUCUGCACGGUCUCGCUCCAAACCCUCUGAGCUGAAGCUGUCCAAGGACCACAGCAAAGGGCAGAAAAUAUCUACACCCACUCCCACUGACAGUCCUACUCCAAAGGCAAGUCCAGGGGGCAGGACCCCCAAAGCAGAGCCUGAGACAAUCAGUCAAACAGAGGCAAGACUAAAGAACACCACAUUCCAUCUUCAUGACGAAGCCAACCUGCGCACAGUCUCAAGGGAGCCAAGCUCUGUUGCACUCGGAGUGACUUUUGAUGAAGGUGUGCCUAGUACAUUAAGUAAGCCCGAGGAAUCCUUUGGUCCUGAGUUUGAGGAUGCCUCAAAGAACAAAGGCAGUCUGAUUCAGGUGGACUUAUCGGACAUGGCUCAUUCAGAUGAGGCCAGUUCUAAUACAUUAGAAGCAUCCACUGAUGCAGCUGAUGGAGAAAAGAAAGCUGGCAUGGGCUUUUUCUUCAAGGAUGAGCAGAAGGCAGAGGAUGAAAUGGCCAAAAAGCGUGCAGCAUUUCUCCUAAAACAACAGAAGAAGGCAGAGGAGGCUCGGUUGCGCAAGCAGCAGCUAGAGGCAGAAAGUGAGCUUAAGAGAGACGAAGCGAGGAGGAAAGCUGAAGAGGACCGGAUCAGAAAAGAUGAAGAAAAAGCCAGGCGAGAGUUGAUUAAACAGGAAUACCUGAAAAGGAAGCAACAAGAGUUGACUGAAGAGCAAGAACAGCCUAAGCCUAAACCCAAACCCAAGCCCAAGAAGCAGAGACCAAAGUCUGCGCUGAAGGAAGAGCUUUCUAUGGACAUAGUUCCAAAAUGCACUCCUGCUAAUGAGAAUCUGAUCAGUGCCCAGUCCGGUUCUAAUCUCUCACUGGCUUCUGUGGCCACUACUGAAGCAGACAGCGUGAACUCGGGAGGUGCAGGAUCACAGCGGGGGGAAUCUGUGGAGUCGUUUUCAGUCCUCAGUCGGACAACAGAGCGUGACUGGGACAACGGGUCUACUGCGUCUUCCAUCACAUCAACGUCUAUGGCGGAAUAUACUGGACCUAAACUUUUCAAGGAGCCAAGCGCAAAGUCGAAUAAGCCGAUAAUCCACAAUGCUAUUUCUCACUGCUGCUUGGCAGGAAAAGUAAAUGAACCACAGAAGAACGCCAUUCUUGAGGAAAUCGAGAAGUGCGAGUCGAACCACUUAAUGAUCCUCUUCCGUGAUGGUGGCUGCCAGUUCCGGGCACUCUACUCUUACUUUCCUGACACAGAGGAGAUACACAAGCUCACUGGAACUGGGCCAAAAAGCAUCACCAAGAAGAUGAUCGAUAAGCUCUACAAGUACAGCUCGGACCGCAAACAAUUCACCGUCAUACCUGCCAAGACUGUGUCCGUCAGUGUGGACGCCCUGACCAUUCAUAAUCACCUCUGGCAGGCCAAGAGGCCUGCUGUGCCAAAAAAGAGUGCAAAAUGAAGCUUUUGGGUAACUGUAUUUAAGGGAAUCUCUUGUACCUACUGUACGUUUGGAAACACCACAAAGAUGUCCACAACCAACUUCUCUUCUUGUUUUGUGACGCAUCAAGAGUGGCUGUGUAUGAGUGAAUGUCUGGACAGUCAAUAUGCUCACUCUUUGUUUGAUCAGUUCAUGGUGGAGGUUUUGUUAUGUACCUGAAGCCUGUGGCAUUUUUUUAUUGAUCGAGUUCUUGUUACUUGAAAUACAUUUUCAGUUUGGCAGGCUCACACACAGCAGAGCUUUCCUUUCUGAUCAGCAGAUGUUCCGUCUCUUUCCUGUAAAAUACAGACUACGAGACAGUUGCAUCAAAAUAAAGUCUGCUGCCUAUGAAGAUCAUAACCCAGAUUCGUGUAGAAAAGUAUUGCAAAGUUGCCUGACAUUUCUCGUUUUUUCCCCGCCCUCCCCCCAAAACAUGCUGCUUCGAACUGUCUUCUGUGUCACUGUAUGACCAUCCCAGUCAUACACUUCGUCGGCCUUCACGCAUCGUGGUACUAUCGUCUAUUUAUUCAGCGCUUAAAAAGCAAAUCAGCCGUAGCACUGCUGUAUAGAACUAUGAUGGACCUUUUUAAAUAGGGAAUGAAAUAGGCUUUGGUACAUGUCUCAGAUGCUCUUUUGUUUUGCUCCUCUACUGCUACAGGUAGUGAUUUCUCCACUGGACAGCUGCGUCCAUUACGAUGGUGCACUCAUGAUCAUGUUUUAGUGCUUUUAUCAUGCAAUGUAACCACGAGUGAUGUCUCUGAAGCUUUGUUUCUCAAUGCAACAAGAGCAGCAUGCUCUAUUAUGAAGAGUGUCGCUGUAGUUUGAAUGACAGUAUUUAAUAUAUUCAUAAUCGGUUACUUCCUUCGCAGUCGCUGUCUAAUUAUUUACCCUUGUUUAAAACAUUCCUUGGAGACAGGAAGAAAAAAAAAGUGUCAACACUGCCGCGUCCUUGUUUAAACGUUGAAAACACUUGCUUUGAGUUGGGGGUAAAGAUCAAAAUAGUGUUGCACAUGCACUUUACUUCUAUAGAAAUGGUGAUUAGUUGGGGAUAGAACGGUGCACAAGACAUGUGUUAAAUGGUUGUUAAACUGCUUAUUACACUUUAAAAAAAAAUCUUUAAACAGACACUAAUAUUUAAUUCAGAUGAGCAAAAAUAAUGGCCCCCCUGAAAGCUCUUUAAAACUCCAGAAAGUAUAUUUCAGACUAAUAAGUUGCUGCAUUUUUGUCUACUUUUAAAUGACAGUUUUUGUAUAUUGUGUCUGUUUCUAUAUAAUACUCUAAAACUGUACUGAUUUUUGCUCACCGUUCUUUUUAAAAACACUGUACUUUUUGGUCAUUUUACGCUCACCACCUUACCAUUAUUUAUUUUAAACCCUAGGCACUGAGAA